AUGAGGUCACACUGGCUGAGAGGAGCUGCCGUGCUGCUGCUGCUCCUCGCCGCCACGUCCGCGGUGAUGCUUCCCAACUCCACGGGCUGGCAGCAGAUCUUGGACAAGUAUCUGGAUGAGGACGGCGACUGGUGGGAGGCCAAGCAGAGGGGGAGGCGAGCCAUCAAGGACAGCGACGCUCAACUCAUCCUGGAGCUUCACAACAAGCUCCGAGGCGAGGUGUACCCCCCCGCCUCCAACAUGGAGUACAUGGUGUGGGACACAGAGUUGGAGCGUACAGCAGAGGAGUGGGCAGAGACCUGUUUGUGGGAGCAUGGUCCGGCUGGUUUACUCCCACAGAUUGGGCAGAACCUGGGCGCACACUGGGGAAGAUAUCGUCCACCCACAUCCCACGUGCAGGCCUGGUACGAUGAGGUGAAGGAUUACUCCUUCCCUUACCCCCAGGAGUGUAAUCCCUACUGUCCGUUCAGGUGCUCCGGACCAGUUUGUACGCAUUACACACAGCUGGUUUGGGCCACCAGCAGCCGUAUUGGCUGUGCCGUCAACUUGUGCUACAACAUGAAUGUAUGGGGGCAGAUUUGGACCAAAGCUGUGUACCUUGUUUGCAACUAUUCACCAAAGGGGAACUGGUGGGGUCAUGCACCUUACAAACAUGGGACCUCUUGCUCUGCUUGUCCUCCGAGCUAUGGAGGAGGGUGCAAGGACAAUCUUUGCUACAAAGUUGAAGAUGACAGGUUCAAUCACCUGCAAGAGGAAACGGAAGAAAACAACUUUAUUGAGCCAGAGGCCCCUCGUGGCACAAACCCCUGGUCCCGGGCCUCCAAGCCUGAGUCUCCUAGCCUCCCUACCCCAGCCCCCACCAAGCCCCCAACACAGGACCUGCAGAACGAAGUGGUCAACACACAGCAGAUGUCUCAGCUUGUGACCUGCGACACUAAGCUACGAGAUAAGUGUAAAGGAACGACUUGUAAUAGGUACGAGUGUCCAGCUGGAUGUCUGGAUGCAACAGAAAAAGUAGUUGGAACAGUAUACUAUGAAAUGCAAUCAAGUGUGUGCAGAGCUGGUCUACAUGCUGGUGUCAUAAAUAAUGAUGGAGGGUGGCUGGAUGUGACAAGACAAGGCAGAAAAGACUUUUUCAUCAGAUCCAACAAGAACGGAGUUGAGUCACUUGGAAAAUACAAAAGUGCCAACUCCUUUAUGGUUUCCAGAGUAGCAGUUCAAGUCAUCACAUGUGAAAUCACAGUUUUACAAUUGUGUCCAUAUGAAAAGCCUACAAGACAUUGUCCAAGGUUGUACUGCCCAAGUUAUUGUUUAGAAGAGAACCCUCACUUUUCCAGAGUCUUUGGUACCAGAAUAUACUCUGAUAAGUCCAGCAUCUGUCGAGCAGCUGUCCAUGCUGGAGUCAUCAACAACAGCGUGGGUGGUUACAUAGAUGUGAUGCCAGUGGAUAAACGAAGACACUACUUUGGCUCAUAUCAAAAUGGCGUCUCCUCAGAGAGCCUUCAGAACCCUCCUGGAGGGAAGGCGUUUCGGGUCUUCGCUGUGAUUUGA